AGGUUUCUCUCUCUUGGCUUCUGCACAGUCGCUUUCGUCUCUUUUCACCGAUCCAGUCGAAACCCUAACUGAGAGCAGAAGAAGAAGAAGGAGGAAGGAGCUUUGGGUGGGUCUAGGGCUUCACCUUUAUUGGAGAUUGAACAAAACUAAUAUGGGAAGGAAGGAGAGGACGCUGUUGGAGUUUGAAUCAGGAAAAGAGAAGAAAAAGCACAAGGAGAAAAGGAAGGAGAAAGCAAAGAAGGAUGAACUUGAAAGAAAUUCUUCCGUGCUGGAAGUCUGUGGGGACAAAAUGGGCAAGGAAGUUGAGGGGCUGAAAUAUGACAAGACUGGUGGAAAUCAUAUGAAUAGUGGAGAAGAAGCCAAUAAGAAAAAGAAAAGGAGGAGGGAAAAGGAGGGGGAUGAUAUGGUAAUAGAUAUGAUUAAUAAAAAGGAGCUCAGAAAUGAUGGGGAGAAAUCCGUUGGGAAAACUGUGGAGAAAGUUGACUCUACAGGUAGUGUAAAGAAGACACAAAAAAUUCUUGAGGAUGGAAAAGUAGGUGUGGCAACUGAGUAUGGAGAUGUUGCACAAAUAAACAACAAGGGAGGAAAUAAAAAGAAAAAAGAGAAGAAACGGAAGAGGGAAAAAGCGGGUGGUGAAUUGGUACAGAAUAUCACAAGUGAUGGAAUGGAGGCUGGAGUAGCAAGUAAGCGUUUAGAUGGGCAUAUUGUGUCUGAAAAUAUGGGUACGGGGAGCAGUGAAACGUGCAUCAGAAACAUAAAGGCUGUUGAUGUAGAUGGUGAGAAAACAAGGAAGAAGAAGGCCAAGGCAGAGACCCUUGUUAAUGGAGAAGUUAGCAGCAGAAAUGUGGAGGUUGUUAAUGUAGAAGAUGGUAAAAAAAGAAAGAAGGCCAAGUCAGAGAAACAUGUUGUAGCAGAUUGCAACAGAAAAUCAGAGGCUGUUAAUGUAGGAAAUAUUAAGAAAAGGAAGAAGUCCAAGUCGGAGAAACGUGGUAUUGCGGAGGUUUGCAAUGAAGACAAGAAAAAGGCCAGGUCAAGGAAAGGCAGCUUAAUAGCCCAAAAAAGCAUUGGAGCUCCUGACAAUUCUGAAAAAUCGACCCCUAAAAAAGCAUCAAAAAGAGUAAGUUUUGCUGAUGAUGUGGAGGUCUUCUCACCGUCUGAUGGCCCAAAUGAUGAGCAUGAAGACCUUGUAAGAGGUAAGCGGUUUUCAGAAGAAGAAGACAAGAUUGUGAAAGAGGCUGUUUUAAGAUACAUAGAGGAACAUGCUUUAGGGGAUGAUGGCCUCAACAUGGUUCUGCGUUGUAAGUCCCACCCUGAAGUCAAAAACCACCCAGAAGUGAAAAAUUGUUGGAAGGAUAUUGGGGCAGCCUUACCAUGGAGACCCUUUAAGAGUGUAUAUUAUAGAGCCCAUAUUUUGUUUGAACGAGCCGAGGAACGUAUUUGGACCCCGGAAGAGUACGAAGAGGUAAAGAAGUUCCAUAAAGAUCGGGGAGCUGAUUGGAGAUCUUUGGGCGAUAAGCUUGGCAAACAUAGAAUUCAUGUCAAGGAUGCAUGGCGCAGAAUAAAGCUGCCAAAUCAGAAGAAAGGACGCUGGUCCCAAGAGGAGUACGAGACUUUAUUUGAUUUAGUGAACAUGGAUCUGCGUAUGAAGGUUUUUGAAGAAAAGAAAACCAAGCAUGGCAUGCUGCGAGAUAAUAUUUGCUGGGAGGCAAUCAGUGAAACGUUGGGCACUAGAACCAAUGCUGUUUGCAGCCUGAAGUGGUAUAACCAAUUAACAUCACCUUUGGUAAGCCAAAAGCUGUGGGCUGACAUUGACGACUAUCGGCUGCUUGAUGCUCUCAAUAGCUUGGAUGCUUGCUGUAUUGAAGAUGUUGAUUGGGAUGAUCUGCUUGAGCAUAGGCCUGGAGAUGUUUGCCAAAAGCGAUGGCAUCAAAUGGUCAAACAUAUUGGUCAUCAUGGGCUCAAGUCCUUUCCUGAACAAGUGGAAGUUUUAUCUAAACGUUAUCUUGCCGAUUUAAUUGAAGCAAGAGAAAUCUAUGCUAGUAAACCUGCAGUUGACUGAGGUUUAUCUGGUAUUAAGUGGCCGAUGUAUUUGAAGCAAGAGAUAUUGGUGUAAACUUGUAUUUGUAGAAUGGUUUAUUUGGCAUCAGAAUGCCUUAUUUUU